AUGAUAUCGGUCGAUUCAAAGUCAGAUGACAAUGAAAGUUUGAGAUUCUUCUGUUUAGGAGGUGGUAAUGAGGUAGGAAGAUCAUGCCAUAUUAUUGAAUUCAAGGGCAAAACCGUGAUGUUUGAUGCGGGUGUUCAUCCAGGGUUCAGUGGAUUGAAUGCGUUGCCAUUCUAUGAUGAAUAUGACUUAUCAAAGGUUGAUAUUCUUCUCAUAAGUCAUUUCCAUUUGGAUCACGCCGCCUCUUUGCCAUAUGUUAUGCAACAUACUAAUUUCAAGGGAAGAGUGUUUAUGACACAUCCUACCAAAGCUAUUUUCAGAUGGAUUUUAGGAGAUUUUGUCAGAAUUACUCUGAUUGGUGAGGGGGUUAGUGCCACAGUUUACAAUGAUGAUGACUUAGCGGAUGCAUUUGACAGAAUUGAGACAAUUGAUUAUCAUUCGACCUUGGAAAUCGAUGGAAUCAAAUUCACUGCUUAUCAUGCGGGUCAUGUAUUGGGGGCAGCGAUGUUUUUUGUUGAAAUCGGAGGUUUAAAGGUUCUAUUUACUGGUGACUACUCUAGAGUUAAGGAUCGUCAUUUGUAUUCUGCAGAAGUACCUCCAGAGAAACCAGAUGUCCUUAUUUGUGAGUCAACUUUUGGUAUUGCCACUUUUGAAAACAGAGAAGAAGCUGAAAAUAGAUUAACAAGGCUUGUUCAUGGGGCGGUACUGAACGGUGGUCGUGUUUUAUUGCCUACUUUUGCAUUGGGAAGAGCACAAGAAUUAAUGUUGGUGCUUGAUGAAUAUUGGUCAGAGAAUCCAGAUUUAGAGAACAUUGAGAUUUAUUUCUGCUCAGCAUUAGCCAGAAAAUGUAUGACAGUAUACAAAACAUAUGUUAAUAUGAUGAAUGAAGAGAUUCGAAGAAGGUUUAAAACAGAAAAUAUGAAUCCAUUUAAUUUCAAAUAUAUCAAAACAUUGAGGUCUUUGGAAUCAUUUGAAGAUUUUGGGCCUUGUGUGGUAAUCGCCAGUCCCGGUAUGUUACAAAAUGGUACAUCCAGAGAAUUAUUGGAAAGAUGGGCCCCGGACCCUAGAAAUGCGCUUAUUAUCACUGGUUAUUCGGUGGAAGGUACUAUGGCCAAAACCAUUCUUACUGAACCAUUAGAAAUCCCAUCAAGCAACAAUCCUGAUAUUAUGAUUCCUAGAAGACUUUCAGUGGACGAAAUUUCUUUUGCUGCACAUGUUGAUUAUGAACAGAACUCGCAGUUUAUUGAUCUAGUGAGCCCAAAAAAUAUUAUCUUAGUUCACGGGGAAAUAAAUCCUAUGGGCAGAUUAAAAUCCGCAUUGUUAUCAAAAUACGCAAAAUUUAGAAAAACUAAAAGAGAGGUCAAAGUAUUCACUCCACGCAAUUGUGAUGAUUUGAGAAUUCAAUUUCAAGGUAUGCGGGUGGCUAAGGCUUUAGGAAACAUCGCGGAAGUCAAACCUAAGCCAGGUGACAUUAUGACGGGUGUAUUGGUUUCUAAGAAUUUUGACUUGAACUUGUUGAAGGUUGAUGAUCUUAGAGAGUUUUCAGGGUUGACUACUACUGUGGUCAAGGAGCGACAGACUAUUCGCAUCACUUCGGGUAGAGAUUUGAUGCAUUGGCAUUUAUCCCAAAUGUUUGGUUAUGUCGAAGUGUUGCACGAUAAUGAGGAGGAAUUUGAAUUGAAGGUUAUGAAUGAUGUCACUUUGACAUUAGAAAAAGAUAUCUGCACCAUUCAAUGGACAAGUGGCUUGAUUAAUGAUACUAUUGCAGAUUCUGUCAUCGCUAUUUUACUUUCUGUUGAUUCAUCCCCUGCAUCAGUCAAGAUGACAUCAAGGAUACAUUCUCAUGACCAUAAUCACGACCAUAAUCACGAUGGUGAGGUUAAAGUCGAGGUCAAAACUGAAGAAGUCAAGGAAAAGGAGAAGGAUAUAAAACAAAAACUACUAGAAAGACAUGGAGACUCUUCAAUAGAAACCCGAGUCCAUAGAAUUAUUGGUCUUCUUAGAGCUCAGUUUGGUGAGUCUUUUUCUACAAACUCAGAAAGAACUGGUGGUAUUGUGAAGAUUGGACCUACAGAAGCCAAAAUUAACUUUAUGGAUUUGACUGCCGAAUGCUCAUCAAACAUUCUCAAGAUUAGAAUAGAGCAAAUUAUGAAUAGAGCAACAGACUUGGCAGCUCCAUUGGCACAGAAAACAAAAGUUAUGUGA